GUAAGGUGGCAGCCAUGAUACCGGAGACCAGAUCGGGGGCAAGAUCCAGGCUCCCUGGCUGGGGUGGAACUACAAGUCUCAGCACGCCUGGAUAAAAAACCUCACCUAGGCUAGAUAGCUGGGACUCCCACGCCUUCUGUGACCACUGAUUAGGGACAAUAUGUGUUGUGGUCUACGCCAAAAUGGCUCCUGUGCUGGGGACAGAAAUUCAUUCAUAAUGGUUAGUCUCUGCUGAAUGCAGGCUGCACAUGUGUUCUGAUCGGCUGUGAUCAUCGAUCUGGCGGGACGCUCAUUGAUAAAUCUUGUUCUGUGCGUAUCGGGUUUGCAACUACUUGGAUAAAAAGACCCUAGAUUAUUGCAUUCCACCCUGGAUCGGAAAUCCUGAUUUGUACUGUGACUUCAAUGGAAAAAUCUCUUGGCGAUCUAGAGGGCAGCACGACAGCAGAGUCUAGCCGUGACCUGCUACCCGAACCCAUACACCACCGCCCCACGUGGGGCAGUAAAGUUCAGUACAUCCUUGCUCAAGUUGGCUUUUCGGUUGGUCUUGGGAAUGUUUGGCGAUUUCCUUACUUGUGCCAUCAAAAUGGAGGAGGUGCCUUCCUGUUACUGUACUUUCUGCUGCUACUUAUCAUCGGCAUCCCACUUUUCUUCCUGGAGCUAGCAGCUGGGCAAAGCAUACGCCAGGGGAGCAUCGGCGUUUGGAAGCAUAUAAGCCCUCGGCUAGCUGGAAUCGGGUUUGCCAGCUGUAUAGUGUGUACAUUUGUGGCCCUGUAUUACAAUGUUAUUAUUGGAUGGAGCCUUUUUUAUAUGUUUAAUUCCUUCCAGUAUCCUUUACCAUGGCAGAGCUGCCCAACCUUGGCCAAUCAGACACAAGCAGAGCUAGAGUGUGCCGAGAGUACACCCACUACGUACUUCUGGUACAGAAAAGCCUUGGAUGUUACAGAGUCUAUUGGAGCAUCCGAGAUGAACUGGCCAAUGACAGGGUGUCUUAUUCUUGCCUGGGUACUGGUUUGUGGUGGUAUGAUCAAAGGCAUCAAGUCUUCUGGGAAAGUGAUGUAUUUUAGCUCGGUUUUUCCUUAUGUUGUGCUCUUCUGCUUCCUCGUCCGUGGAUUGUUACUGGAUGGUGCUAUGGAUGGGAUUCGAAUCAUGUUUACACCAAGGCUGGAAAUUUGGGGUGACGUUCAAGUUUGGCGCCAGGCAGCUACACAGGUCUUCUUUGCGUUGGGCCUUGGAUUUGGAAGUGUGAUAGCAUACUCGAGCUAUAAUGAUCGAAAUAAUAACUGCCACUUUGACGCCAUUCUGGUGUCCUUUAUUAACUUCAUGACCUCCAUCCUGGCAACACUCGUGGUGUUUGCUGUUUUGGGAUUCCGAGCCAAUGUUAUUGCAGAGAAAUGUGUUGAAAAGAAUAUGCCUGGCAUUAAUGGACUGAUUAUUAAUGGUAUUUUGACAAACAACUCAAUACCGGGAGAAAACAUGACCGUUGACCAGUACAGCCAGUGGUAUAUGAACACCAAUGAAACCGUCAAUCUGACAGGUUACGGCAUUCAGAAUUGCCGGGUGGAGGAUGAAAUGAACAAGGGUGUGGAAGGCACAGGUUUGGCAUUCAUCGUGUUCACAGAAGCUAUGACUCUUUUACCUGCCUCCCCAUUUUGGUCCUUGUUGUUUUUCCUGAUGCUGCUAAAUCUGGGCCUAAGUACUAUGUUUGGGAACAUGCAGGGAAUUAUCACCCCGCUGCUGGACAAUUUUUCAUGGUUACGCAAGAAGAAAACCGUAUUCACAAUUGUAUGCUGUAUAGUCGGCCUGUUAUUUGGCUUAUUGUUUGUUCAGCGAUCGGGAUCCUACUUUGUCUCCAUGUUUGAUGAUUAUUCAGCCACUUUACCCCUCAUCAUCGUGGUUAUAUUUGAAAAUGUGGCUGUAGCCUGGGUGUACGGAGCAGACAGGUUUAUGAAUGAUAUUCAAGACAUGUUGGGUUUUCGUCCAUGGAUUGUGUACAAAUACAUGUGGCGAUAUAUCAGCAUCUUGGCUAUGAUUGGACUCCUGCUUGCAAGUUUAAUUAGAAUGUGCAUCACCCACCCAGUGUACCAGUCAUGGAGUAUGGAACAGGCUAAAGAGGUCAAGUUGGAAUACCCACCCUGGGCCUUUACACUUCUGGUCGCCCUGAUCAUCUUUGCUUCUUUGCCCAUCCCGCUGAUCUACCUCAAGGAAAUAAUACAAGACUGGUUACAAAAAAAGAGAACGGACAAAUAUGGUCAGUGUGAAUACAGUCAAGGUUGUACGGUUGAUGAAGUGACAGAACCAAUGGAAGAAAAUAUAACACGGUGUGGAAAUGGUUACCUACAUGUAGAGAUGGAAGACCUUGCAGAAAGCGGUCAACUUCUUUCCCCUGAAGAAGAUGUCGAAGAUGACAGAGAUAAUGCAACAACUUAAAUACGGAAUAUUGGAAUUCCGAACUUUACUGAAAUAGGUUUAGAGGUUAAAAAAGCAACGGUCUUCAAACAUUUAAGUGUUGCUGAGCAGGCAAAGCGGGCUUAGCCUUUCAUCAAAUAGGUCUUCACGUAGUUAGUUCCAGAUUACUGUGCCAAAUGCAUAUCAAAUUCAGGGUCCUUCUCUGUCUCAGUUGCUUCCACCAGUAUUUUCAGCCCCUACCUCUAAAUGACUUUAAAGUAGAAUCAUGUGUAUCCGAGAAAGAAUGAUACAUAUUUCCGGCCAUGUUCGCUUCAUAUUUUUUUUUUUUAAACCUUACAAAGGAAACAUCGGGUUGGCUAUGAAAAAAAAUAGUACUUUGAAGUGUGGCUGCGCCAAGCGAAGCACUUUUAUGAGCCAAUCACAGAGCAGGUCACUUACUGUUUUAUCCACACAAUGAUCAAUUGUGGAAUUUAGGGUGUUACUACCAUUUUUGGUGAUUGGACUUCAUUCUCUACUGCUGGAUUCUAGUUACUGAUCUUGUAUGGAAGGGACCUUCUGUUACAACAUCUCUUUCUAUUGCACCGUGUGUAAUAUUUAUGUGUAUAUAUAUAUUUUUUUAAUUGGAGUAAUCUCCAUGGAUCUUUUGACAAUGCUUGAAAGACAAUAUAACUGAACAACAUGGUGACAGAUCAAAAACCUCUUUUAGAACAGCAGAGUGAUUUAACACUUCUGUUUAGAUGGACUUGUAAAUAUAAUUAUUUAUGGCUGAGUAAGCUUAGGUUUUCUGGGCUAGAUAUGUAUAUUUUACAGAAGUAACACAAAUGUGUUUUUUGUUUUUAUUUUUUGCUUACUUAACUUAGGCAGAUUUAAAUGUUUAAUUAUUUCAAGUGGUGUUUUUAUCAUAUUAUUUAACUGGCGCCUUCAAUGAGCGUGGGUUUUCCUGGGUCUGAAAGUUGCUAACACAUUAAAAGGAAUUGGCCUUGACCAACAAUAAUUUAAA